AUGUCAGUUAGGAGGUAUACUGAUCCUGUAUAUCUCCAGUUUGUGUGGAAUGCAAUUGAAGCAUGCUCAAGAGAUUCCAUCGAAUCUUCUUUUCACGAGUUGUUGUCCUUUAUUCAAAGAGAAUGUGAUUCUAGAUGCACUGCAGGAAAACUGCAAAACGAACUCUCAAACGCUAUAAGCGAUGGUUGUAUAGAAUGUAACCAACGCUGUUAUGUGAAACGCGAUCCAAUGCCCAAAGUGAAGGAUAAACAUGAUUGGUAUUGCUUUGAAUGUCACGGACCAGGUCAUGUUGUAUCUUGUCCAACUUGUUUCAGAGUAUACCACCCCGAUUGCUUGCCAGUUGCCUUAUCAUCACAACUGUCCUCUGUUAUACCGUGUGAAUCUGGUGGAUCCGAAGCCGAUUCAAAUAUGUCCAGUGGAUUCCCACCUACUAGCCCAUGUCCUGUUUGCCAGCGGUUGUCGCGAGCAUCUAAUAUAUCAAAUCCUAGCACCCCAUCGGAGUUACAUAAAAUCUUCCAGGUUGUCCUUGAUCGGAUCCGCAACAAAGUCAAUUGGAAAACAAUGCAGGUUGUUGGUUAUUUAAACGAACCUUUACGAAAUAACUACCUCGUAUUACGGCAAAUUAAUACUCGUCUUAUAACCGAACGUAUGCGAGCAGAUCCAUCAUCUAAAGAUUGUUAUCCUAAUCGAACCUCCCUUCUGAUUGAUGUGGAUUUACUAAUUCACAACACCGCCAUUUUUUACGGUUCUAAAAACGAUAUGAGCAAUAUGGCUCGACAGAUACGAUCUCAGCUAGAACGAGAAUUGCGAGAAUCAUCUUUUUGCAUAGAUUGUUACUUGCGUCUUCACUCAGCAUCAGUAAAUAAAUUAACAGCACCUUGUCGGGUUGCUCAUCGUCUCCUUUGGUUCCAACACAAUGGGUGGUCCUUUCGCCCUUGCAAAAUGUUAUAUGAGAGUACGGAGGGCUACGAAGUAGUUUGCUUUGGUGGACGACAUGAGAGAGUUUUUGUCCCACUAGCGAGAGCAUUUGAUAUGAAUUUUACAGCAGAUGAACUUGGUUUACGAGAAACACCACCUUUGAAAAAAGCACUGAAUGAAGCUGAAGAGUACAAAACAAACCAAGCUAUUUUUGAUCAGCAAAUGAAGAAUUCUGAUCAUCUGCCAAACAAGAUGCUGGCUGAACCUAUCUCGAUAGAUUCGAUAAGAAACAAUCUAAUCAAUGAGUCUAUAUCUAAUGGAACAUUCCUGAAAAGUGCUACUUCUCCGCCUUUAAAAAAGAAAAGACCUGGUAGGCGUCCACUAUCUACUAGAUCUCACAAUGAAGAUUUCAACGUAUCGCCUGAAAUACAGGUUUUCAAAUCUCGUAAAUCCACUGGAGCAAAUUCACCUGUGUGGUGUCCUGUGUCACAGCAUUCUACGUCUCGACGUGACUCACAUUGGUCGGAUAAUAUGAAGAAUGUUACUGAAGAUAACUUAACUUCCUUAUCGUCACUGAACAGUGACAGUGAUGGUCCGGAAACCAAGUGCCGCAUUUCAGAGCCUACUCCUGAGAAUCCAAGUGUAAAUAAAUCGUCUAUGAAACUAUCGAUACCUCUCCUACCUACUCCAACAAAAAGAAAGUCACAUAAAAGAAAGCGAUGCAACGAAGCACACUCAAGACCUAGUUUCUCCAACGGCAUAUCAGCUGUCCCUCCGAGCUGUGACUCUAGUUCAUCCGAGCUUUCAACAGCGUCUUUUGCGGCUAAAACACAACGGACUAUACGCAUUAAGCCGUUGCCUUUUAGAAGUGAAAACAACGACAUUCCUCUUUCUGUGAAGGAAACCAAUCAGUCUCUCCCUCGAUUGACCUGUGUUGACAGUCAUGUCGUGCGUACAGAACCUGUACACAGCAUGUCCUCCUCGUCCUCUGCUGCAUCUGGUCCUUCAUCGGACCGUACAACUGUUCCUGCCCUUGCCUCUUCUGGUGGCCAUACCCCUCCUGAUUCAUCAGCUUUUUCGGCCUCUUCAACAUAUUCCGAUUUCUCCAAAAAAUCACGUGGACGUCCGCCUAAGACUCAUAAAUCUACCAAGUCCUCUUUGCCUUCAGCGAGCGCCAAAUGUGCUACCGAAAAUUCUGAUGAUUGUUCUUCCACCCCGUUACUGUUAUCUGCAAGAAAUACCUAUGAACCCCCAGCUAAUAACAAGCAUAGUCUUCUUACAAUACCGAUAAGUUCUCCUAUUCGUUCAGAUAGGCUAACCGUUGCAGAUGAAGAUAAACAACAUCCAGUGUGUUCUUUAUCACCGCCUUCAUCCUUAUCAGAUGCAGAGUCGGAUUUGUCUUCUCUUUCUUCUUCAUCCUCCACCGUGUCAUCAUCAUCUCAGUUGUCUUCUUCCUCGCUGUCUUCAACAUCCACACUUUCAUCUCCUGCUCUACGGUUAUCCUUCUCUACACUAAAACCAAAGAUAAAUGACGAACUGUCGACCGCUCGAGUCAAGCAAAAGUCGUCAAAAGACAUCUUAACACCUUUCCAAAGUCAGUUAACUCUCAAAACACGUGAUAAUAAGGAAGGGACAAAAGAAGCUGAUAGUAGUCAACACGUUCCCAAAUUAACUAAAUCAAUUAAGUCGUCUCGCCAUAACUUGGAAAUGAAGGGACAUUUCCGACCGUCUUCGCGAUCUACUGCUACAAAUACUUUCAAAAAUACAGAAUUGAAUAAUGACUAUCAGGAUGAAGACGUCGGAUUCUGUAUGGUUUCUCCGGAAAAGAGUCUAAAACCUGAAAAGGUAACCGGAAUUCUGCGCAUUCCUGGCGAUGGUAGUAAUUCUGUUGACAAUAAAUCUCUGGGUUCUUCGGCACCCAACUCAUCCGUCAAAAAUUUCGCUUUUGAUAGCCCCAAUACCAAACUCAGUUCUAAAACCGUUCAUCCUUCUGGCUGGUCUAGUGGGCCGAAAAUAUUGUCUACAUUUAAUGAUCAGCCAUCUGCAGCGCCUCAGCUUACUCAUCCAACUGGAGCAAAUGUCUCCACCGGUCCAACUCCUCCUUCGAACUCUUCAGCAUCUUCUUCAUGUUACUCUUCAGUGUCACCAGCUGCUCUUUCAUCUACGUCUGGUUUAGGUUCUAGUUUAAGUGAUCCGAAAUCAGUAGACGCAUCACCUGGUGAAGUAGCAACUAUGCUAGGGAAUGCACCUUUUUCUUGCUCAUCAGGCAAUGGCAGUGGACUGGUUGCUCAUUUGCAGUCUGAUAGCAAUAUGAUAAAAACUGAGGAACGAAUUCAUCGGAUAUAUGCUGAUCGACUUAUUGCCUUGACAACUGAGAGAGAUCAAGCUCGGGAGGAAGUUCAUCGACGCGACAUUUUAAUCUCUGAACUUCGUCGUGCACAUGAAGCUGAGAUUAAACGAGUUAAACAACGAACAUGGUGUCAAGUGUGUUUAAAUGAGGCAUUCUACCACUGUUGUCCCGGGACGGCAUACUGUUCUGAAACAUGCCAGUUUGAACACUGGACAGCUCAGCAUAAUCGCGAUUGCCGUCGUCGAACAGAGUCACAACAGCAACAACAAAUUCGUAGCUAG